AUGACUACCUGUAGUCAGUUACAAAACCACUUAUCGAGGAACGGCAUAGCUAAGUUCUACUGUGAAAAAUCCAAAUCUUUUACCAGCCUGUCUUCCAUUAAAGAUAUUGGUAAGCCUGAUGAUGCAUACACCAGGAAGCGAAAGAAUUUGCUUGCCUAUGAUAACUUUUGGGACAAGAAUCGUAAUAGUACUUUAAGAAGUAACAAUGGCGGGAUAUCAAAAAGACCUGCCAACUCUAGAAGUGCAUUAACUCAGGCAGAAACCACGAGCCAUUCUGAGAGCAAUAACAGCGUAAUUUAUAUCUCAAAGUUGUCAUCACCUGGUGGCUGCCCUGUCAUCGCCACCGCUCAGUGA